AUAAAUUUAUAAUUUCAUGUUUAUGUUAAAAAAAUUUUUUAUUUCAUAAAGCUGACUAGUUCGACUUUUGAGAGACUUCUCACAUGUGUUCUCACAUGUGACAAGUGUGACGGUGAGAUGUGAAUAAAACGGAGCAGUGCGGUGCAGUUGAGGGCUAAGAGGGCGGUUCGAAUGGUGCGGACGUGUGCGAGUGGUGUCUGGCGGUUUUUUAGUGUUAGAAACCCUCGGUUUAGGUAAAUCAGCUCUUUUCAGAGCUCAAUAGGAUUAGAUAGACGUGCAAUAGUAGGAUUUAUUAAGGAAUAGGUACAAUAUUAAGGCAACAUAGAAAAAUCAAAGGAUAACGAGGAGCCUCCGGGAGAGGGGGGGCGAGAGGAGAGAAGAGAAAGCAUAAGCCUUACACUAAGAGAGAAUGAGACACUAAAGAAGACAAUAAGAAGACUUGAAGCAAGAUUAAACGUAGAAAUGAACGAAGAAAGCAACAAAGGAAAAAGACCAGCGACAGAAGACACGUUGGAUCAAUUAAUGCUCGAUACGACGAACACUGAGAACGAGAAUGAAGAUUGGAAAAUGGUAGAAAGAAAGAAGAAAAAGGCAAGGAAACAAAUUCCAAAGACAGAGAAGAGCGCGGGAGAAAUUAACAAUACUAUUGGUCCGAAGACACGUGAAACAGGAGAGGACCAAUCGGAAGAAGAAAUGGAAACGGAAGGGGAAGGAGACAUGCCAGCAACGGCGGGCUACAACAAAAGUACGCAGUCAGUAAGUAACAAUACAAUACAACGGACAAAUACGGCGGAUAACAUGGCAAUGAGUAAGGAGUUAAGGAAAAGGGAAGCAUAUGUGAGGGAGGAUGGGCAAUAUAGAAGAAAUAAAGGAUUGCGAAGAGCCCCCGGGAGAGGGACGGCGAGAGGAGAGAAAGGAAAGUAUAAGCUUGACACUGAGAGAGAAUGAGACACUAAAGAGGACAAUAAAGAGGCUCGAAGCAAGAUUAAACGUGGAAAUGAAUGAAGAAAAUAACAAAGGAAAAAGGCCAGCGACGGAAGACACGUUGGAUCAAUUGAUGAUAGAUGCGACGAACACUGAGAAUGAGAACGAA